AUGGCUGUGAAGGGAGUGAAGGCAUCCCAGCUGUGCCGAGUCCUCCACCCAGAGGACUACACGUCUCAUGAGACCCUCAUGAAUCUGUGGAAGGGCAUGGCUACAGUUGCUAAAGUGAUUGACAAAUUUGAGGAUGAAACUGCAGAUGACAUUUUCCCUGUUGGUAAUAUACGGAAAAAAGCUUCAGCCGCUCUUUUGGAAGCUGAUAAAAGGUAUAGUGGAAAAGCUACGUCUCGCAAAGCCUUGCAGGAAGAGCUCUGGGGAGAUGCUCUGUCUGAAGAAGGAUCUGCUGAAGAAGCAUUAGAUGAAUGGUACAGUGGCAGUGAAGAUGCAGAAGAGGACGGCAGUUUAGGCAGUAAAACAAAGGAGAAGCCCAGCAGUGCUGGCAGCGACCAGGAGGAUGACCUGGAAGACGAUGAAGAGACAGAUCCGUCUGGCAAGGCACCAAAGUUCAGUUUCCAAAAUAUUACAGACUUCGAGAAAUUUACAGAGGGGAUGGAUGACGUAGGAAGCAGUGAAGGAGAAGAUGAAGAUGAUGUCAGCAUGGAAGAAGGAAGCGAUGAGGAGGAAUAUGGGAGUGAAAACCAUGACAAUGUAGAGGAACCCAAAGACAGCGAAGGUGACGGGGGGGUGAUGACAUUCUCAAAAGGACAAGAGGCUGAAGAAGUAGAAAAAGGAAAAGCUGUGAAGAACCAGCUAGCACUGUGGGAUGCACUACUGGAAGGGAGAAUCAAGAUGCAGAAGGCGCUCGUAACAGUCAACCGGCUUCCGCAGCCAGAUACUUACCCAGUCUUCAGAAAGGAAGGUGGACAAGAAUUUGACGAUGCUGUCGAGAACUGUUGUAAAGCCCUGGAGGCAUUGCUGAAAGUAUUAGUGGAGCUUCAGGAUGAGCUGCUUUAUCAAUACCCAGGCACGAGGCAUCUGGUAGAUGGAAAGCAAUCAAAAACUGAGAGUGAUGAUGAAAUCCCUAGCAGUAGCGAUGAAGAGCAAGUGGAUACGGCUCAGGAGAAGAGGAGGAGCCUCCCCAAAAGAAACCUAAAGAUGGAGGACUACCCAGAAUUCAUAGCCAAGCGGUAUGCUGACUUCAGGACGUAUCGGAACAAUGUCUUGCAGAAGUGGCAUGACAAGACAAAGCUGGCAUCAGGCAAAAUGGGAAAGGGUUUCGGUGCCUUUGAGCGUUCAAUCUUGACUCAGAUUGAUCAUAUUAUGAUGGACAAAGAGAGAUUACUACGGCGGACACAGACCAAGCGAUCAGUGUAUACAGUGCUGGGAAAGCAGGAACAGGAAUCUCAUCCGGUCCCUGAAUCUUUGCCUGAGAAUUCGGAAGUCCUCCCUGAGUCAGAUUCCAACAGGCACCUGAAGGACAUAGAUGAGGAGAUAUUUGAUGACGAUGACUUUUAUCACCAGCUCCUUCGAGAACUGAUAGAACGUAAAACCACUUCAUUGGACCCCAAUGACCAGGUAGCAAUGGGCAGGCAAUGGCUGGCCAUCCAGAAGUUACGAAGCAAAAUAAAGAAGAAAGUGGACAGAAAAGCCAGUAAAGGAAGGAGAAUCCGGUAUCAUGUCCAUAGCAAGCUGGUGAGCUUCAUGGCACCUAUUGACCACUGUACAAUGAAUGAUGAUGCCAGGACGGAGCUUUAUCGUUCGCUGUUUGGAAAAAUCACAAAUCCCGAAGAACCCGAGCAGAAUUAG